UACGAAACUUUGACACAGGUGGCGUUACAAGAAACCAGAUAACACUUGAACACGUGUACUUUUAUUUACCACUACUCCAUUUCUCGACUUGGACGAUGAAUUGCUGAACUAGGAGGUCGCACCAAUUUGAUUAUCCGUCCUCGUUCCUUUGUAGACAAGCAAUCAUAUCUUAUUGCUCGUUAUGAUGAUGACGCUUAAUUCACUGUCACCACUCUCAGUCAAUUUCCUCCAUGUGUGCUCAACUUCAACUUCCAAGACUUCAAAUACAUUUCAUUCUCAUUCCAAGUCCUUUCCCAUUGUCUGCCAAAUGAACUCAAACACAAAUCAUCGAAAAGAAUCGAUGAAAUGGGGGAAAGUGGUGUCGGCCACGUUGGCAGCUGCGGUCAUUGCCUUCAGCUCUGACAUGUCUGCCCUUGCUGAUCUUAACAAAUUUGAGGCUGAAAUGAGGGGUGAAUUUGGGAUUGGAUCAGCUGCUCAAUUUGGUUCUGCUGAUCUCAGGCAAGCAGUGCAUGUGAAUGAGAAUUUUAGAAGAGCCAAUUUCACAGCUGCUGAUAUGAGAGAAUCUAAUUUUAGCGGUUCAACUUUCAAUGGUGCAUACCUUGAGAAAGCUGUUGCAUACAAAGCAAAUUUUACAGGUGCCGACUUAAGUGAUACAUUGAUGGAUCGCAUGGUUCUAAAUGAGGCCAAUCUCACUAAUGCCAUUCUCCUUAGAACAGUCCUCACACGGAGUGACCUUGGGGGUGCCAUCAUCGAAGGUGCUGACUUUAGUGAUGCUGUGUUGGACCUUCCCCAAAAGCAGGCUUUAUGCAAGUAUGCAAGUGGCAUAAAUCCUGUAACAGGAGUAAGCACAAGAGUAAGCUUAGGUUGUGGGAACAAACGACGAAAUGCUUAUGGCUCCCCAUCAUCUCCCCUUUUAAGUGCCCCUCCGAAGAAAUUGCUUGACCGAGAUGGUUUCUGUGAUGAUGCUACAGGCCUUUGCGAUGCAAAAUAGUUACCUGUAUUAAUCUUUGCUGCAUGCCCAUAUUCGUGUAAAUAUAUCAGAGGCUACAAUUGAGGCCUUUGUUGCCUUUUGAAGGACUUCUGAGAACAUAUCCGCAUUGAACAAAUGAUGCCCUUUGUUGAAUCUAUGUCGGGUAUUUUUGGGCUCUGCAUAGCAAGCCAGAACCUAUUUUGUGCAGCCAUAUUUCUCCUAUGUAUGAUCUACUUCCUAGUUUGCUAGAUAUAAAAUUACCAUACAUGGUUUGGUCAUGAUUUCUCAUCCAUAUGAUCAUUGUUUCUCAUUGCUAG